CCCAUCAUCCAGGAGGAAGGGCAAAGAGAACCCUGCCAGACUUACUAGUUGGAUCUUUACUAAAGAGGUUUGCAAAGCAGAAAAAAAUACCAAGCCAGGUUCCUUGGACCCUGAAAAGUAUUUGCUCAGCCUCUGCGAUGAUGUUCCCAAGUCUCAUAGCUCCUCCGGCUGUGUACCCGAAUCUCCUGCGGCCAACUCCUACUUUAACUUUGCCUCAGUCUCUGCAGUCAGCCUUUUCUAGCCAUUCUAGCUUCUUGGUGGAAGAUUUGAUCAGGAUCAGCAGGCCUGCCAGUUACCUGCCUCGGAACGGCCCUCCGCCUAGCAUGUCCCCUCCAGCCUCCGGGACCAGCACAGCCAGGACAGACACUGUGACAUCAGAGCUCGUCAGCUGCAACACCUCUAGCGCUAGGAGGGUCUGUUCCCCGCAGACUUCAGUCUCAUCCAAUAACGAUUCCACUUUCCUGAAGUUUGGGGUCAACGCCAUCCUCUCGUCCACUCCUAGAGCUGAAACCUCCCCUGCGUUGCUUCCGAGUGUCCCUCCAAAGACAUUCUCCUUUCCAUACUUUGAAGGAUCCUUCCAGCCUUUUAUCAGAUCUUCUUAUUUCCCAGCGUCCUCCUCUGUGGUGCCGAUCCCCGGCACUUUCUCCUGGCCCCUGGCUGCUAGAGGGAAGCCCCGCAGAGGGAUGCUUCGCAGGGCAGUCUUCUCGGACGUGCAACGCAAAGCUCUGGAGAAAAUGUUUCAGAAGCAGAAGUACAUCAGCAAACCAGACAGGAAAAAGCUGGCAGCCAAACUGGGGCUCAAAGACUCGCAGGUGAAGAUCUGGUUCCAGAACAGAAGGAUGAAGUGGAGGAACUCCAAAGAGAGAGAGCUUCUCUCCUCCGGGGGCUGCAGGGAACAAACCUUACCCACCAAGUUCAACCCUCACCCAGACCUCAGCGACGUAGGCAAGAAAUGUUCAGAGGAGGAGGAGGAAGAGGAGGAAGUGUCCCCUCUGUGCCCAGCCAGCCCUCGGCACACCCUGACCUACCACCAGUCUCCAGAGCACCUGCACUUGAGGGACAGACUGGACUCCCAGAUGCCCCCCUCUCCAUCCCACUCCAGCAGCCCCAGCAAACCUUCAGACUUCUCAGACUCGGAGGAAGAGGAUGAUGAGGGGGAAGAGGAAGAGGAGGAGAUCACAGUCUCUUAGAUCUCCUGCCUGCCCCCACCACAACAGGGGACUUUGCAAAGAUGUAAAUUAAUAAAUAGAAGUAUAGAAGUACUAUAAAAUUGAAGAGGUGGUGUCCCUCCUGAAUGUCUACAUGGUUCUCACAUGCAAGUUAUUUAUGGCAUAGCCGGGUCUGCCUACACUUAUAUUCCUUUCCUUGUCUAUUUGCUUUGCUUAUGAGGCCUUGUAUACAUAGCAUCCAUUAGCCUCUCUCUUUGUAUCUAUGUUUAGCAACCAAACUUGUAGGAUAGCUGCAUUUUCCCCAUGCAAGCCACAGACAAGAUAAUUGGAACACCCUGCUUUGGAAGGCAUGCUUGGUAUAUAGCAAGGGGGAAGUAAUUAAAUGGAGUGGAGACUGUGGUUUGGAGACAAAAUCAUGGUAAAUGCUGUAAUCCUUUUAUUAGAUUUCAAGAGAACUCCCCGCUAUUAUUAAGUUAUGGAAAUGAUGAAAGUUGUAUGGUCUGAUCCUGGAACCCUUGUUUACAUGAGUAGUCCUUAUACAUGUGAGUAAUCCCUGUGGAACUAUUCAUGGACCAGACCCUGCUCCUCUUAAUCACAUCCAGUAGCACCAUACUCCAUGUAUGUCAGUAGGACACAUUUGGAGUAUGUUGUUACUUAAUUGGGAGAACAUAGACCCUCAGAAGUAAGGACUAAAUGGCAUGAACAAGGGUUUCAAAACUGGGAUCUAUGUGUUUAUAUUUUAAUUGGUGCAGCAAUGAUAUAUAUGAAGCACUCUCUAAACCACUUUUUGUCCACACAUCUGUGAUCAAUUUCUACAUUGCUUCUAGUAGAGGUUUAAUGUGGAUGGAGGAUAAUGGAUAUGCCUCUUCGAUUUUUGACUGAACUUUGCUGUCUUUGCACAGCUUUUAUGAACUGUACACUAUUUUGUACACUUACGCUGUAUGGAUGUUUUAUACCAAGGUUACUGUGAAUGAGUAUAAAGAUGGACUGAUAAGAUUUCUCUCUUGUUUUUUAAUGGUUUUUAAACUAA